AUGGUCCAUAGGAGAGUAAACACGAAUUCCCUGCUCUGCGAGAUACAUCUUAUUGAGAAUGGCGAUUUCCUUCUAUUACGACGAUUUCAUGAUACCUCAAAACUCGUCUUUACUGCGCCCCGCCGCCAAUAUGGUCAAUCAGCGACCAGCAAUUAUGAUACCAUAGGGUUUCGAAUCUACUAA